CCUAUAUUAUGAUCACAUAUAUACAUCAUCUGCAUCUGAAGAUUCAAGUUUAUAACAUAUAUGAAAUACUCAUGAUUCAAUUUGAUUUAAAUUAAAUGUACAUAUAUCAAAAAUAUCCAUAUGGUUAAUUUUUAUAUGGUAUAUCAUGUUCCACCCAUAUAUGUUAACAAUAUAAUAAUAUAUACAUAUAAUAAUAAUAUAAUAAUAAUAUAUAUAAUAAUAUGUUCAAUUUAUAUAUGCAAGUUUAUUAAAACAACAUACAUAGCCUAUAUAAAUUCUACGUGCUGUUUUUCUUAUUAAUUUCUCAUUAAUUUUAAACAUGUCUCUUCCCAUUCUGUGUAAGUGAUCUCAGAUGUUUGGAACCCACUGUAUAUAAUGUCAACAUAUACUGAAAGGCUUUGGGAUCAAUAUAUAUUUAUGUACCAUAUGUCUAUAAUAUAUAGGCUACAUAAACAUACAUAUUUGUAUGGGCUAGAUACAUAUGUCAACAUAUGAAAUUAUUCCAAUUUCUAAUAGGUUUCAUAUAUAUUUUUUACAUAUGUGCUUUUAUUUUAUAUGUGCAUAUACAGUAUAUGUCAUAUAUGGAAAUUCAAUACAUGUACAUAUAAUACAUUUGCAAAUGAGUUAAAUGUAUUCUUUAAGGAGUAAUAUAGUGUGAUUCUUUUAUUUUAGCACGGUCCUGUCUGUGAAGUAAAAAGUACAAUGAACUUCUGUCUGAUCUGUGUCCCAGAGCCCAGAGAAGUGACUGGUGUCAGGGUUGCAUGUUGGGUUAAAGUGCCCUGCUGCAUUGUUGCAUUAAAGGUGCAAUGUGUAAGAUUCUUAUUUUCUGUAUUUUCUUAUUUUCUGAUUCUGCCGUUGUGAUGAUGUCAUCAUCCCUUCCUCAUGCUGCUGUAGCCUGACACCCAUGUGUCAUGCAGUAUCCGUUUGCCUUCAUAUUUCUAUAGGUAAAUAAGAACAUACUGUUUGUAUUACAAGUAUUACAAGUAUUCAAAAUUAUAAGGGACAUGGGGAAAACAACAAUAUAUUUAACUGGAUGAGGGCGAAGAGGUGAAAUGCUGCCCCUAUGAAAGUGGAUCAAGUGGCACGAUCUUACACAUUACACCUUUAAAGAAGAUGUUAUGGUGAAUAAACAUUCACUGUACUUUAUAUGGCUAACCUUGUGAGAAAAUCAGUGACUUCCAGAGUGUGUCCAUGUGUUCAUUCACCGAUUUGAAUGAAUGAAUGUAUUUUAGUGCACAGUUGUAGUAUGAUGAAGCAUAAACUGCACAAUGAACAGUCAGAGAGUGGUCCCCUGGUGGAGAAAGAAAAAUCAAGAUGAAAGUUAUCAUUUCAUUAUGGUGUGUGAGAAAUGAAGCAGACAAUGGCCGCUUCUUCCUGUGCUCUGCCGCCCCCAGAAGGCGCAGGCCGGUACUGCUACAACCAGACAUAAUAGGCAGUAGGAGUGGAUGAGCCUGAGCCGAGCAGGAGGUCUGUAAUCACAGGGAAACACUCUCGUUGGAGGUGAUACCGUCCUCCGCCCUCCGCCUGCCGAUCCUCCACUUCCGACCUGAAACAGGAGCCGCUGUCCGGAGCAGGAUGUAUCGAUCUGUUUGGUUGUAGUUCUUCCAGCGGAUCCUCCAUGCGUCAGUCCUGGGAAUGGAUCAGGAAUCCGGUGUCGGUGUGGCGUCUGCGGGGAGUUUCAUCUCCCUGAAUGAACAUGAGCAGAGGUGUUACUCAGGUCUCCACAGCCUGUGUCAGGCUGACACUUCAGGAAAACUGUCGUCCAGCAAAGUGGCAGAGCUGUUCAAGGCGUCUCAGCUACCUCCUGAAUCCCUGCAUAAAGUGACUGAGGUGUGUGGAGCAAAGCGUCUGGGUUACUUUGGUACACCUCAGUUCUAUGUGGCCCUGAAGCUGCUCGCGGCCGCCCAGUCUGGUCUGCCCGUUCGCCUGGAGAGUGUAACGGCCAAUCUACCUCUGCCCAGAUUUGUUGGGCUGAAGAAUGAACCAGACAUGCGAUACCCGACCGCCCCUCCCAGCACAGAAGGUCAGGGGGCUCAGUCUGGGACUGCUCCUGGUUCUGUCUCAUGGUCUCCAGCUGACAGGAGCACCUUCAGACACCUGGAGGCAGGUGUAGAGAGGAAGGAGUCUUGGUCUCCACCGCGUUCACCGUGCAGUUCACCCCCCUGCUCUCCACUUACCUACCGCAGCUACUCGUACACCACGCAGAGAAAUGGAGCAGACUCACAGAUGACCUAUGACAGCAAACAAUCCUCACGGCCGACUGCUCAGCUGGAGCAGCACUCCUCGCCCAGUAACUACGGGACUAAACCCACUGUGGAGCACCCUGCUAUGGCUCGGGCGUCUUCAGCAGAGCGGCUGGCCCAGCAGGAUGUAGUGGACUAUUCUGACGAUGACCCCUGGAGGAUCACAGAGGAACAGCUGGAGUAUUAUACAAAUCAGUUCAAGACCCUGCAGCCUGACCUGGGGGCUCUCAUCCUGGGAGCUGUUGCGAAAAACUUCUUCACAAAAUCCAAGCUCCCAAUACCAGAGCUCUCCCACAUUUGGGAGUUGAGUGAUGUGGAUAGAGAUGGAGCUCUCACUUUCUUUGAGUUCUGCACAGCCUUUCACUUGAUUGUGGCACGCAAAAAUGGUUACCCUCUCCCAGAGAGCCUCCCUCCAACCCUGCGGCCAGGGUUCAUGCAGCAGGAAGAGGACAUACCGGACACUCCUGAGAGUGCAGAGCCUCUAAUUGUCUUUGAAGAUGCUGAACCAAGGCCCAGUCAGAUGGAUCGAAGCAUCAUAGAGAGAAUCCAGCCAAGUCUGGCAACAACAAAACAGGAUUUGAAAGAGGAAUCUUGUAAACAAGAUGCAAGUUUGAAGAGGGCGACAACAUCUCAAGAGAAACGGACUCUGCAACUCUGUGCUUUUCCUGAGCGGCCAGAACCGCCUCAGGACCUGGACCCACAGAUGAGGACAAAAACCAGGCCGAGGUCCUACUCCAGCACCUCUGUUGAUGAUGCAAUGAAGAAGGCAGAGGAGCCUCCGACUCCACCGCCUCGGCCCCAGAAAACCCACUCCAGAGCCUCCUCACUGGACCUCAACAAACUCUUCCAGCAGGGCGCUCCGGGAGUAAAAGGUGGAUGGUUACCACCUCCUCCCGCCCUCCCUCCAAGACCGAUAACCUCACAGGUUCCUCAUUUUAUCAACACCUCAGAGAAAACUCCCCCGAAUAAAGUGCAGCAGCCAAACUUUGCUGACUUCAGUCAUUUUAGAGAAGAGGAGGAGAGCAGUGUAAAACCUGAGGAACAGGGUCUACAAUCUAAAUUUGGUCCAAGCACAGAAGACUUGACAAAUGCUUCAAAACAGGACGUGGCUGGUGUUUGUCACAGUCAGGCUCCACAGAAACCAGUUCGCAGGAAAUACCACACAGAGACCCAGAACCAGGAGACCGCACCUCCACCUGCCAUGUCGUAUCCUCCCCCUGCAAAGCCUGCUCAAAAACUGUCCAGACAGAAGAGGGAGAUCCAGAUGGCGAUCCGUAAGAACAAAGAAACCAAUGCAGUGCUGACACGCCUCAACAGCGAGCUCCAACAACAACUCAAGGUGGUUCACCAGGAGAGAGUCACCCUGGAGUCCCAGCUGGAGCUGCUGCGUCCUCUGGCCUCGACAUGACGGAGCCUCAGGUCUGGUCAGAAUCAUGUCAUCAGUAUUUGACAUACCUAAAGUUGUUGUUUUUUGUGAUGAAUACAGAGGAAAUGUAAAAGGGCUGAGGAUGGAAACAAAGUUGCAUUGUUGACAUAGUGGGAUGUCCAAGUGUUACUUUGUAUUACUUUUAAUGCUGUUGGAUUGAACCAUGCAUUUUUAAUCACUGUAUGAUGUGCACAUGUAAAAAAUCCUGUUGUUCAUUGUGACAUUCUAACUUAUUUUUUCUCUUUUGAGUUACUCUUAGUUUCUCCCAUUAAACUUACUUUGCUUACAAUUACAUGUAACAAUUUUGUGCACAUAUUGCCAACGACUCUGGUUAUGUUCUGUGUUAAUAAUGGGAACUGUCUUUUUUUUUUUUUAUAAACAGUGCAUUUCAUGAGUAUCCACAUGGUCUAAAGCGAGUGAUGGUGCUACAGAUUACUUUAUGAAUCUGGUUACUUUUUGCACUUGAAGUUUCCAAAAUGCACAUUUACAUAGUUGAGUUUGAUUUAGCUGCACGUUUUCAGUCUUCACACGUUUUGAUUGUCUGUUGUCAGACUGUAGCACUGUCCUGUGUGACCAUGAGGACACUGAGGAAUGUUAACACUUCUGACAUUGGAUUUGUAUGAAAUAUGUACAUUUUACUUGAAAAUGGGUUCCAUAUUUAAUUUGAGCUCUGUCUAAACUUUUAAAUUCCCUUACGUUUAUUAUCAUAUGAAGUUAUUUCCAGGUUGCAUCCAUACUGUAUUGCUCAAGUUUAAAAAAAAAAAUGAUCUCCAAAAACCAAAAGAAAAGAAACGAGCACAAUUCCUGUCAUGUUUUGCAAGAUAAAUUUCAAUCUGUCCAUAUGAGCAGAUGUGGUUUUAAUUUGAUCUAUGCAAAGAUGUGGUGCUACUGAAGCUUGCUUAAGAUCAUUUUUCCCCACAAAUCUAGAUUGUUAAUGAUGGUAAAUGAAGUGGUUGAAUUACAUGAUGGCAUGCUUGAUACUGCAUGUUUUAAAAUGAUGUGAGCACUGGACUGUCAAUUAGCCUGAAACCAUGCACAACUGAGCUCUGGGCCGAAGACAAUAAUCAAAUGAAUCAAUAAAGUUGUCUAUUUUUA